CCGGACUCCAGGAGUCAGCUCGGGGGCAGGAAGUGGCCCGCUCCUCCUUUCGGAGAGCGUUUCCGGAGCGCCUACUGUGUGCGCCUCGCUGGGGGUGGGGCGCUGCCAGGCCACAAAGGGUGCGAGUCCCCGGACCUCUGCUGGCCUCAAACUCCCAAGCUCAACGACAUUCUGCUUCAGACUCCCAGACAGCAUGCUGUACAUGGCUCAGCAUGCCUGAUGCAAACUCAGGGAAGGCUUCUACCAGUUCCUCGGGUCCUUCCCAUCCAGGAGUUGGGAAUAACAAUGCUGUUUCCUCCCAAGGCUGUCCUGACAGAUGGUGAAGUGUGUCUGCAGUGAGCUACGGGCGCUUGUGUGCUUAAGCACGGUCACUCUUUGCUGACUAAGGACUUUGCUUUCUCAACACCCCAGGUGGAGACAUCCUAAAGAUUUGCAUCUGAAUAGACAGUCGGUUAAGUCCCCUAUUCAGUUUGACAAGCUUGCUGGUCCUGAUAGGUGGCACCCACCCGUGGAACCUCAGGAAGAACACUGCAAGUGAUUGGAGCAAAAUUGUAAACAUGGAGCAGGGUAAUAGUAGACAGCUGUUUAUACAUUUGAUUAAAGAUAUUUUAAAAGCCAGAGGAGCUAAAGUGGAGCAGCAGCAAGUUCAAGAAUUCUUAGAGUUUGUCGAGCAGGUGUGCCCGUGGUUUUCCAAGCACAGGACCUUGGAUGCAGACACAUGGAGGAGAAUUGGAGCAAAAAUCCAACAGCAUUCUAACAAGCAUGGGCCUGGAAAGGUCUCAGUUGGUGCUCCCAGUCUGUGGGCACUUAUCCAGGACAGUUUGAAUUUGCACCCUGAAGGGCAGAAGGUGUUUCCUCCUGAAACAGUUAAAAGUGAAACAAAACCCUCUGCGCUGCUGAAGGGGCCCCUGGAUGCGGACACCUUUACAGAAUUGUUGGAUGAUGAUCAGUUUGAUCCUGUUGAAGCUGAGUUUGAGGAAGAACGUACUGGGUACAGUAAUGAGAAGUUUUCACCUCCCCAGAUUCAGACUGUGAAUGUCAAAGGGCAGAAACUCGGUGAUGAGAUUGAGGAGGAGCUGAAGGGCUUGAGGAAUUUAGUGGUUUCCCUUUCACAAAAACUGGAGAGUCUGCAGGUCUCUCCUCAGAAGGGCACUCCUCUUCCUACUACUGUCAAGGCUGGGUUAGAUCCGCCUGGGGAGCCAUCUGUGGUGCAAAGACUUCCCAGGGUAUGGCAAACACUCACUGUUAGUCAUAUGUCUCCCCUGGAAGCUAGUGUUAAAGAAGCAGCUAGCAGAGGGGAGGAUAUGCAAGGGUUUGAGAUGUUCCAAGUGAUUGAGCAGCGAGAUGCCCAGGGCAAUAUUAUUUUGGUGCGUAUGCCGGUUCUGUUUAAACAACUAAAGGAAUUAAAAAUGGCAUGCUCUCUCUAUGGGCCCACUGCACCCUUUACAAUAGGUCUGCUUGAAGACAUAACUAUAAUGAUCUUGACCCCUGGGGAUUGGAAACUGAUUGCCAGAACUUGCCUGUCAAGAGAGUGUUACCUAUGGUGGAAAGCUGAAUUUAUGGAACAAUGUGAAGCCACAGCUGCAAGAAAUCAGGCCCAGCAAAGUUCCAUUACUUUUGAUAUGCUUGCCGGAGAAGGCAUUUAUCAGACAACAGAUCAGCAGUUAAAUUUUGAUCUGGCAGCGUAUGCCCAGGACUGGAGUCGAAAGAGGAAGCUGGUGCACCAACCCAGCUCAGAAUUCUGUGGCCAAGGCUACCAGUUUAUGCAGUGUCCUUGGCCGACACCUAGUGGCCACGUCUGGUAA